AUGGUUGAGUACAUGAAGCGGGAAGCUAAGUGCUCGAAGUACUUCGCUGGCGAACUCACCGCAGACAAUCUUCAGAAGACGGAGAACCGACUGACGAAAGUAGAUUUCGACAUUCCCCAGCCAGGCUACAACUGGGCGACUGAACACCAAGGGACAUCGCGGGUAUACCGCAUCGGCCAAGAGCUUGAAGUGGAGAUCAUUCGACUCUUCACAGAAGGGACAUACCAAGAGCUCCAUGAAUACUUCAUGCCUCGUAAGGCGAAGGCAAUGUUCGCAGCGUUCAAAGAGCUACAAGUAGCCGGACAAGAGGCGGCGGAAGUGACAUCAUCAUCGCAAGAUGAGGGCGAGGUCGCCAUGGCUGUAUUUGGCAUAUUCCGUCGCAGAGUCCUUGAUGCCAAAAUGGUUGAGUCGUCCAAGGUUCAAGCGAAGGGAAAAGGGACGGGGAAGGCAGCUGCUUAA